UUUGGAAUUCGACAUGGAAGCGGUAAACCCAAGCCAAGGAGGAUCACGCUCAGCUCAGGAACUGUCUAGCACAGUGAGGAGACUUUGUGCUCACUCAGCAGACCAGCAACAGCAAUCGGAUCUGUUUCUGAGUCUGGCCCUCCAGUUAAGAACUUUGACAUUCCAGGAGCUUAAUGAUGUCUGGCAAGAGGUCUCCUUUAAAUGCCUUGAUGACUGGCAACCUUUGUUGGAGGCACUUCCAGCAUGUGGCUCUGAAGCAUGCAUCCAGUUCACAACAAAUCUCAUCCUCAACCAAGAGAUUGGUCAGGAUCAUAUCAGUUCUUUCCUUAGCACGGUCACAUUUGCUUCCCAGGCCACACCAUCAAUGAUCAGCAAUAUCACUAAACUAGUUCUUGCUUGGGCAUACCAGCAUCCUGAAGAGGACGUGGAGAUUAGGAUCGCUGCAUACCAGCAGCUCAUGUACUGUCCUGACCAGGAGGUCUUCAGGAUCAUAAAAGAUACCUUAAACAAUGAAACAUCUACCCAAGAACUACUUGGCAAACUGAAAGAGCUAUCACUUAGUGUAGCUGGUUUCACUGUGAAGCUGUUGAAGGGUCAAGAGGUUAAGGUCAACCACAGGGCGGUUGUGUUGGCAGAAGAACUGGUUUUACCAUCACUUUCAGGGUUGCCCAUCAAGCUGAACAUCAACAUGUCCUCGUUCUACUCGCUCUGGGUGAAGGGCAGUGCUAACUUUAAAGAUUGGUCUCAGUUCUCUUUGGCUGGUUAUGUCAAACCAAAGACAUUUGUUGCCAUCUCAGUAAGAAUGGGAGUGGAUGGAGCUUUUGGUCGAGUUGGAAUGGAGUGGGUUACCCAAUUCAAAACAUCCACCAGUUUGGAUGGAGGGAUAUAUGUACACAAUGGACAAAGUCUGAAGAUGGUUCUCAACACACCCGAUGAUGUUAUGGAUAUUUUGUCCUUUAGUUUCAGAAUGUAUCGCAUAAGUGGAGAAAGUAGAGAGGAGCUUACACCAAGGAACCUUAAAGAGAAGACUACCUGUUCUCCCAAAACAUGGUCAAAGAUGCUUGGAUGGCAACUAUGCACGGAUGUUACUUACCCUGUGCUGUUGAUGGGAAAAGGUUUUCCACCACCUGGCCCAAUGAUCUUUAGUUUGAGGCUUCAGAAACUGGACAGAGUUCUUCAAAAGUACCUUUUAGAAGCAGCAUAUGCCUUUGUACAUCAGCAAAACUCCUGGAUUCCACGUGAAGCCAACCUCCUCAUUUUUCUCGGAACCCCACAAUCCACCAUCCCCCGAGAUAUAUCUUUGGACUUCAGUCUUAGUCGUCAGAGGAUAAUUUUGAAAAUUAUUCACCCUCUGAAAACCAUUCUCAUUCAAGGUUAUUCAUGGAGUAAAAGACACAGGCAAUUACAUUAA